AUGCCGACGAAACGCAGGAACGCCGGCCGCUCCAAACACGGCAGAGGCCAUGUCAACCCCGUCAGGUGCAGCAACUGCGGCCGCUCGUGCCCCAAGGACAAAGCCAUCAAGCGCUUCAGUGUCCGCAACAUAGUUGACGCUUCUUCCCAGAGAGAUCUCAGGGAGGCCUCCGCCUACCACACCUACAACUUGCCCAAGCUGUACAUCAAGCACUGCUACUGCAUCUCCUGCGCCAUCCACUCGCGAGUGGUGCGCGUGCGCUCGCGGGAAAGACGCAGAGUCCGGACGAACCCGCAGGCCCGCGUGCACGGGGGCAACGUGGGUGGCGGCCGCAACUGA